AUGCAAUCCCUCAUCCUGAAAUCCGCCCCCAUCCACUUCGGCCCCUUCACGGUGACCACGCAAGUCUUCCACCUCACGCCGCACAGCUUCGCGCUGGUGAACCUGAAACCGAUCCUGCCGGGCCACGUGCUGGUCUCGCCGCGGCGCGUCGUGCCCCGCAUCGCCGACCUGACGCCGACCGAGACCUCAGAUCUGUUCCUGACGGUGCGCCGGGUCGCCCGCAUGGUGGAGCGCGUGUACGGCGCCUCCAGUCUGAACAUCGCCGUGCAGGAUGGGGUGGAUGCCGGCCAGAGUGUGCCGCAUGUGCACGCGCAUGUGAUUCCGCGGAGACACCAGGAUCUGGAGGAGAAGGGGGGCACGGAUGCGGUUUAUGGGCUGUUGGAAGGGGAGGAGGGGGAUAUGGGGAGGAUUCUGUCGGAGGAUGCUGAGAAGAGGGGGAGGGGGAGGAGGAAGUUCCCGCGGGUGGAUGAUGCGGAGAGGAAACCGAGGGGGUUGGAGGAGAUGGAGGAGGAGGCGAGGGUUUUGAUGACGGAGAUGGAGAAGGAGCCUAUUGAUUGA